AUGGCCUCCGAUUCUUCUGAAAAGGUAUUGCUACCGGAUGGUCUUCCGUUGAGGGAUCGACCUUCCAGCUCGUCGAGUUCCCUCGAGCCUAUCGAUCCUUCGUCAGAGCGAAGACUGUUGUGGAAGGUGGAUCGGCAUCUGGUCCCCAUUUUAUUCGCGCUUUUCCUCGCAGCUUUUCUCGAUCGCAUCAAUAUCGGGAAUGCAAGGCUGCAAGGCUUGGAGAACGACCUUGGCAUGGAUAAGGAUGGACCCAAAUUCAAUAUUGCUUUGUUUAUGUUUUUCAUCCCCUACAUCCUCCUCGAGGUGCCGAGCAACAUCAUUCUGAAGAAGAUACGCCCGUCCCUCUGGUUGAGCUCGAUCAUGCUUGGAUGGGGCGUUAUCACUAUCUGUCAAGGUUUCACUCAAUCGUUCGCUGGAUUGGUGAUCUGCCGCGUUCUACUCGGGGUCUUCGAGGCAGGAUUCGUUCCUGGUGCCAUCUACCUCCUUUCGACGUACUACAAGCGCCACGAGUUGCAGCUUCGAGUCAGCGUAUUCUUCUCGGCCAGCAUCUUGGCUGGGGCAUUUAGCGGUCUGCUAGCAUACGCAAUUGCAAAAAUGUCCGGCGUUGGGGGCUAUGCAGGAUGGCGUUGGAUUUUCAUCGUUGAGGGCUCAGCGACGGUCGUGCUGGCAGCAGCUUCAUACUGGCUUGUUCCAGACUGGCCGGAGACUGCCAAAUUCCUUCGUCCCCAUGAACGCGAGACGCUCAUUCGCCGUCUUGCGGAAGAUGCAGGGGCCGCUAAGAUGAACAAAUGGAGCAAGGGUACAUCAAGACGAAUCUUUGGUGAUGUCAAAAUCUGGCUGGGUGCGUUCAUGUACCUCGGCAUUGUGAACACCGGCUAUGGUGGCUCAUUCUUCAUACCUACCAUCCUAAAUCAGCUUGGCCCUGCCUGGACGCCAGUACGGUCUCAAGUCAUGAGUAUCCCAAUCUACAUCGUGGCGGCUGUUCUGGCACUCGCCACCGCUUUCUUGACCGACCGACUGAAGCAUCGCUUCGCCUUCAUCAUAGUUGGAUGUUGUGUUGCAACCAUUGGGUAUGCCAUUCUGUUGAGCAUGACACAUGUUUCUGUUGGUGUCCGUUAUGCUGCACUAUUUCUGGUCACAGGAGGUGGAUACAUUGCCCAGCCUAUUACCCUCGUAUGGCUCAACAAUAACAUGGGUGGCCACCUCAAGAAAGGUGUAUCGAGUGCAAUGCAGAUUGGGCUAGGCAAUUGCGGAGGCAUCAUUGCAAGCAACAUCUACUUACCGAAGCAAAAGCCCCGUUACCCGGUUGGCUUUGGUGUCAGCCUCGGUCUUGUGGGGUUGUGCGCUUUAUCAGCUAUUGCGUUCUUUGUGCUCAUCAGGAUUGAGAAUAAGAGGAGGAACGGAGGCCAGCGUGAUCAUCGGCUUGAUGCUUCCCCAGAAGAGCUGGAAAAUCUAGGUGAUGACCACCCAAGCUUCAGAUUUACUUAUUGA